AUGAAAUCGUUAAACUUUGCUUGUUGUUUUGACAUUGAUGGUGUUAUUACAAAAGGUCCGAAUUUCAUCACAGUUGCUAAACCAGCUAUUCAAACAUUAAUUCAACUCAAUGUGCCUGUUGUAUUUGUUUCAAACACAUGUAUGAUAGAAUCAGAUAAAGCUAAACAAUUAUCAGCUAUACUCGGUGUUACUAUUCAUCCUGAACAAGUCGUUCUUGCUCAAACACCGAUGCGUACAUUAACAGAUUAUCAUAAUAAACAUGUUCUGGUUUCUGGACAAGGUGCAGCUGAAGAAAUCGGUAAAAUGAUUGGUUUUAAAAGCAUAACAACCAUUGAAAAAGUUUGUGAAGCAUUUCCAGAGUUAGAUAUGGUUAAUCAUAUGAAUCGAGCUAAAUUAAGUGAAAUGAUUAGCACUCAAGGUCUUGUUCAUGAUGAAAAUUUUCGUCCCAUUGAUGCUAUCGUUUUACUUGGCGAGCCAAUUCAAUGGGAAAGAUCGUUACAAGUUAUUACAGAUCUUCUUUUAACCGAUGGUAAUCCAGCUGUUGUACCAGCUGAUUCAAACACUGAACGUGAUCAUAUACCAAUCAUUGCUUGUAACAAAGAUCUUGUAUUUAAAGCUGCUGCAGAUUUACCACGUUUUGGUCAUGGUGCUUUCCUGACAUGUUUAGAAACACUCUAUAAAAAUAUAAGUGGAAACGAUCUUAAAUAUACAGCUUUUGUUGGUAAACCAUUUGAAAUAUCUUAUCAAUAUGCAGAAGCAGUAGCUAAUAAAUUGGCAUUAGCUAAUGGUUUACCAAAAAUUGAAACAAUGUAUUUUGUUGGUGAUAAUCCUGAUGUUGAUAUUGUCGGUGCAAAUAUGUAUAAUCAUUUAUUAAAACAAGGAAUGCAUUUAAAAACAAGUAUUAGUGGUUAUAAUUUAAUGUCGGAUUCAAAAUAUUUAAGUGCAACAGUAUGCGAAUCAAUUUUGGUAUGCACUGGUGUUUAUGAUCCAAAUAAACAUAAACUUGAUGGUAAAAAUCCAUGGAAAUUGCCAACAACAGUUCAACUUGAUGUUUUGGAUGCUAUUAAAUAUGUUCUUGCAAAAGAAGGUUUCCCAUGA